UUAGAUAUUGAUUCCGUGUUACCGUCCAUGUUCGUUAUUACAUAUGCCUUUUUGUCUCAUGAUCUUGUGAUUUUGGGAGCUCAGAGCAGUGUACCAACAGCCGCACUGAAGUUGGGGAAAAAAAAAAAAAUGCUGCGCAUUAAUGGAUGUGAGGUGAUGGAAUGUGUAAGCUGUAUUAAGCAGGAAGAGGAUGAUGGAACGCUUAGGCCAUUUUAUCCUGGCCAACAGUGUACCCAGAUGUUGGUAGCAAUUAAGGAAGAGCCGACAUAUAAUUACCUGGAAGGUUGGGAGGAACUGGAGCUUGUUUCUGUAAAAGAGGAAGUAAAUCCAGAAACACCAAUUCCUUUUAGAGAAAUUGAAUCUGAUAUAUCUGAAGAUGGAGUACUGCUGAAGAAAAGUGUCGAUGGCUAUAUGGUUGUCAAUGCAAAGGAGGGUGGCGAGACGUGCCCAUCAGUUAAUGGUGCCAAAGUCUUAAAUGAUGAUUCUAACAGAUUACUUCAAAAAAAGAAUGAGCACAAAACUGUUGAAGCCACUCCAAAAGCCGUCAGAAACCGACGCAGGCACAAAUCGCAUUACAGCAGACAUCUUUCGGACAGGCCUUUCCAGUGUAAAAUUUGCCAGAAAUGUUUCCGAAAGCCCGAACAUUUACGCUGCCACGAAUUGUUCCAUUCAGAUGAACGGCAGUUUUUGUGUGACACUUGUGGCAAAGGUUUUUUUACCGGCGGCGAUCUUAAGAGGCACGGAGUAGUCCAUACGGGAGAGAAACCUUACUCCUGUCCCAUGUGUUCAAAGACUUUCACGCAGUUGUGCAACAUGCAGUCACAUCUCAGAAAACGAUGCCAGAUAAAAGGGUAUGGUUGUGAUCUGUGCAACAGGAUGUUUGAGAAUCAGGAGGCUCUCCAGAAACACAGGGCAAAUCACGGUACGGUGCCUUACCGCCGCAACAAGCGGAAGAAACCGUUCUGCCAGGACUUGCCGCCAUUCAUUUGUGACAUGUGCUCCAUGUGUUUUUCUAACAAACGAAAUUUAAUAUCCCACAUCAAAGAGCACAUGGGAGAUCUCAAGGCCACGAUCACUUGUGAGAUUUGCGGUAAGAGCUGCGGCACCCGGAGGGAACGCUUGAUCGUGCACAUGCGAAGCCAUACAGGAGAAAAACCUUUUUCGUGCAGUGUGUGUGGGAGAGCAUUUUCUCAGCAAUGUAAUUUAAAAAAGCAUGAAGCUUUACAUUUGCCUGACUAAUAAUUAGGAGACAAGGUUGAUAUAAGGGCACAUUUCAGUUGUGGGAUAAUGUAGUACAUAUAUUGUAGCGAAACAUAAUCCUUUGCCCUGGUGAGAAAUUAAACUGUCUUUUAAUUAAAAUAAGACUGAAUAAAUGAACUAAUAAUAAACAUUGUAAUACUUUCAUUAGCACCAAAAUGCAUGUCAGAAUAUUUGCAAAUUUUAGUAGCUGUUCCUUUUUUGUGGCUUAUGUUCAUUAAUGUAGAAGAAACCUAUAUUAUUUAUUCAACAAUGAAAAUAAUCAAUUAUUGAUAAUUUAAUGUAAAUGGAUAGGGAAAAAAAUCCACUCGGCAAGGGAGGGCAGGAGAACACACACGCAAAAAGGUUCUGGGUGGCUUUUCUGAAAUGUACCCUUUUCUUAAACCUGUCCAGUUCUUUUCCUUAACUCCUCUUCCUCCCCUUUCAACUCUUCUUCCAUAAGAAGGAGCCACUGGCUCCAAAAGCUUGUAAAAGUUAAAACUUCUUGUGUGUGUGUGUUCUCGUGCCGCCACUUGGUGGCUAUAUUUAUUGUUUUUUGGUAUAUGAAUGAGGAAUGAUAGUGAAUUGAAUUGUUUGUGUACAUUUUUAUCUGUUUUGGCAAAAUCACCCACAUAAAGUGCUUUUUUUU